AUGUCUGGUUUACCUUUAUCCCUACAAAUGGAGCCUGUUGUUCACACGUCGUCUACACCUGUUUCUGUGCGUGAACGUGAGCGUGGUCAGCCGCAGACUAAUGUUAAAAAUCUGCCGAGAAAACACAAAUCGAAGUCUAUAACAGCUUUAACAAGCUCAAGCUCUCCAGAUAUUAAACAGCCAAGUUUGAAAUGGAAUGUACUACCGAAAAUUGGUGAGACGUUGCAUCAACGGAAACAUUCCAUGAAUGUGACAUACACAGAUUCAAUGCAUAUAGCGUAUGAUCCAAGGUACAAUUCUAGAUUGAGCAAGUUCGAUACAUUUAUUCAGUUUAAUGAACAAUGCGAGUUGUCUGAUGUGAUAACAAUGGCCCCAACAAGGCUUGAGUCCUUUGUCAAAUUUUUGAAUUAUUAUUACGAAUCGAAAAAAUUCAUGACUAAUACUGAAGAACGAGCUUUCGAAACAUCACAUUAUCCCGGUACAAUUGAUGGGAUCAAUUUUCUCGAAGUUGAUUAUCUCAUACAGCUAUGGUACCUACAAUGUCUCCGAUUCUUACAUAAGACUCAAUCACUUUCAUUUUCCCCCAACAUUGUGCAGUCACUUCUUCAGCGUCGUCAACGUGCAAAACAUAGAUCUGUGAGUAAUGGGUUUGUUGACCCAGAUAUCCUAGUUAUAAGGUCUAACAUGAGUGACUCGUUCUGGGGCUGGCAAGUUGCAUACGAUGAGCCAAGUCUAAAUAUCGUAGACUACGAGUUCGAAGUCUCAAUAUUUUCGAAAGCUAGUCAAGAUAUACUUGCUCUGCCUAUGUGUGCCACAUUGAGUGAAUUGACCGUCAAAGAUGUUAUGGGAAGAUCAACGGAUGAUUUAGAAGACGGUAUUAGCCCAAUAGAUUCACUCGAACAACAAGAACGUAGCGAUUCUGAUGUUUCAUCCAUUACUGCCGAUUCCGCGGGCAAAAAUUCCAUAAACUCUAGAAACUCCUCUACCACUUCGAAUAAGUUGAUGAAAGCCGCCCAUGCAGGUACAUCGGGCUUGGCUCAUUUAUUCAAAAAGAAAAGUAGUACUGCACUUUCGACAGCAUCUCCCACAUUAGACACUAUAACCACUACUGAUACCAUAAACCCAACAACUGCAAUAUCUGAUUCUGGUACACUAACUCUAAAGAAUAAAUGGUUAGAAAAUUAUUAUUCAAAAAAAUUAUCAAACUAUUCAAGUGUACAUUCUCCUUGCUGUUAUGAAACUCCUACGUCUACUCCUCUCGAAGAAGGUUUUGACGAGAAGAAAGUGCUGGAGUAUAAAUUACAAUACCUGAAGAUCAAAUUACCUUUUCAAGACAAUUCAAUACCUUCGAUGUUGUGUCCAAAUUUAUGGUUUCAUUUAAGAUUUGAUGAAUGGAGGUCCGUUCUGCAAGAAAUUUACCGAUGCUUAGUACCAGGCGGUUCGAUACAAACGGAAAAUUUUGAUUUUAAGGGAUCAAGCAUUGAUACUGACGAUGAAUGUUCUAAUGCAACAACAUCAGAGUUCAGGAAAUUUUUGGAUGCCGCAGCGCUGGAAGCUAUGAAAGUGAACAUCCAGAUUUUCCCAAUGAGACAUUUAGUACAUAUGUUAAAUGAAGUGGGAUUUGUUAAUGUUAAAUGUUGCAUUUUAAGUUUGAAGCGUGGUGACUUGGUUAAUAACUUAGGGUUCAUGUAUGAGUUUAUGGCAAUGUGUCAUUACGAUUCAAUCGUCAAAAAGUACUUGUCCGAUCCGUCGUUAUACCCAGAAGAUACCUAUCCUCCAACAUUUCCAAUGCGUUACUUCAACGAGCAUAUCAACUCCGUCGACAAUCACGUUGGUGCACUUAGAAUGGUUUGCAUAACUGCCGAAAAGCCACUACGAUAA